GACAAAACUUGUUUAUGUUUCGCAUUGUCAAAUAAAAAGAAAAUAUGAAAUUAGUUUAACAUUCAAAAGUUGUUGAUUUGAUUUCUGGACCUGGGUGCACCCGAAAUUAUACAUGGCCAGGAGACCGCCGCCGAUACCUAAAACGCAUGAGCGUACGCCCGGACCUGUUGGCCAAGAUACAAAAGCCAACAAUGAGAAAUUCCUAAACGAUGUAUUUAUCACCACCAACAAAUAUCGGAAGAUGCACGGCUGCCCCGAGCUAAAGAUUAACAACGAUCUUAACAAGUAUGCUCAGGAGUGGGCCAAUCACCUGCGUGAUAAGAACGCAAUGGAGCAUCGUCCACAGCCCAAAUAUGGCGAAAAUAUAUUUCUGUCUGGUGGAAUGGAUGUAACUGGCGAUUUGCCCGUGGACAUGUGGUACCGCGAGAUCAAUGCCUUUAACUUCGAUAAGCCCGAUUUUACGCCCACCUCUGGUCAUUUUACACAGCUGAUCUGGAAAGCCUGUAAGGAGAUGGGCUCGGGUGUGGCACGCAGGGCUGAUCGCACCUGGGUGGUUUGCAACUAUAGUCCACCCGGUAAUGUUAUGGGGCAGUUUAAGGAGAAUGUGCCAAGAAAGCUCUAGUUAAUGUACUAAAACAUCUUCUAUAGUUGUAAUACAGGUCCAGAAAUUUUUUA